AGCAAAAUGUUUGCAAGCAGCCUAGCAUAUUCCUUACUUAGCGUUACUAACUGUCGCUUUAAGUAACAACGACGUUUACAGAAUGUAAAUCGUUACUAUAUGAGGUGUUGCUAAUCUUACUUUUUCUAAUGAAUAGGGAAACAUUCAGGUGAAUUAUCCUCUGCGGGGCUAAAAAUAGACACUCGCCAAAUUAGACUGUGAUUGAGCUGCUGUAGCUAACGUGAGCUAACAGCUGCCAGGCUCUGUAACACUAGCUUCUAGUUUAGGAACAGUUCCAGCGGAAAAAUGGCUGAGGCAGUUGCAAAUGUGGCCCGGAGGGUUAAUGCAACCGUAGAGGAGGGGAAAGAUACACUGGACCUGUCAAACUGCAAGCUCAUUAACUUCCCAGACGGUGUGUUCAAGAUCCUCAAGAGUGUCUCAGACAACAUCCGCGUUAUCACACUGGCUGACAAUGAGAUGAAGUCCAUUUCCAGCAAACUCUUUUCAACCUUCACUCAGCUGAGAGAACUGGACGUGCGAGGAAAUGUUCUCACCAAACUGCCUGACAUCGUGGGAGAAAUGGAGCAUUUAACCUCCAUCAAUCUGGCUGAUAACAGCUUCUCCAUCUUCCCCGAUAAGCUGAGUGAAAUAGCCACGCUGGAGAGGAUUAACCUGGAGGGGAAUGGCAUCACAGAAAUACCAGUGGAGAAGUUGAGUGACAUGCCGGCACUGAAGUGGCUGAACGUGAAGUCAAACCCUUUGGACUCAAACACUCAGUCGGCUCUGCAAUCUCCACACAAUUUUGAAACCGAGUGCUGAAAUAUGUCAUUCAUUUAUAUGUACCCACCCAUGGUCUGCAUGCUGUGUGCCUUUUAGCUACUUCAGUCGGAUGCUUUGGUGUGACUCAGAGACGAGGAAACAUACUUGAAGAUAUCGAACUGAAGAUUUCAAAAUGGUUUACAAGUAACAAAGAAACCGGAGGUGUUUUAUUAAAGAUGUCGUCCUCCUUAAAUAAGGUUUUCAGUUCUGCUGAUGACUUCACCCUGCGGCCUCUACUUUGUCCUCUUUUUAUGAACUACAAAGAGAUGAAAUCAAUCCAUUUAUAUGCCAAUUCAUUCAUAGAUAAAUAAUAACUUAUUUAUUCCUUUUGAGAGCAUAAAAAAUGUUUUUUUCAAUUAAAAAUGAUGCACUGGAAUCUCUGCAGUCUUGCGUCAUUAUUUUUCACUGAAUGACAGUUAUUCAUAUUCACGUUGGACCAAUUUUUCAGAAGUGUGUCCUGACGUAAAGUUCAGCUAUACUGUUUAUUUAGGACGGCUGCUGAUGAUAGUGUUAAUUUUCAAC